AUGGUAGCGCGUCUGACUCCAGAUCAGAAGGUUGCGUGUUCGAUUCACGUCGGGUUCAAUGCCCCCGGUCAACCCAUCCCGACCAUCCUUUUUGUUUCUUUAUUUUUACUCCCAAAACUAAUUUUUUAUUUCAUAAAAUUCUAA